AUAUUACAUAUCGAUGUCGGCGAAGCAAGCUGUGUUCGCUGCGCGCGCUGUUGUUGGUGCCCGCGCCCGUAUAGCGUAGUCUGCAAGUGCUCGUCGUUAUAUCUAUAUCUUCCAAAAAUAUUUGACUCGACUCUAACUUAGUUUUCCUUGGUUUCGAGAAAAUGUCUCGUGUGUAUGACUAUGUGGUGGUUGGCUGCGGUGGAAUAGGCAGUGCCACAGUAUACUGGUUGGCCAAGAAAGCUGGGAAUCGUGUGCUUGGUCUGGAGCAGUUUAACCUUGCUCAUCACAAUGGUGGAUCACAAGACCACUCUAGGAUUAUACGACUCUCGUACAACAGCAGUGAUUACGUCCAGCUGGCAAGAGGUACAUAUGAAGCAUGGGCAGAAGCGGAAAGGGAAUCUGGGAUCCAGUUAGUAUUCAAGACUGGUGGAUUGGAUAUUGCUAAAAAAGGCACGAUUGGAGCUCAGGUGAUUGAGAACUAUGCUCAGGCCAUGGAUGAGCAGAAUGUUCCAUACGAAAGACUGGAAGGAGAAAGAGUGCGUCGAAAGUUCCCUCAGUUUGAUGCUACCCCUGAUUGGACCUGCCUCUACCAGAAGGACUCGGGACUAGUAGAUGCUGCUAUGGGCAACGCAGUCCACAUACAGCUUGCCCAGAAGUAUGGAGCAACCAUUGUUGAAAAUGCUGCAGUCAUGAGUUUGAAGAAGCGUGGGGAUCUAACUCAGGUUUGCACGAGUCAAGGUGAUUUCCUGUGCAGGAAAGUGAUAGUGACAGCCGGGGCAUGGAUGAAUGAUGUUCUUUCUUCCGUUGGGGUUAAAAUACCACUAACGGUCACCCAAGAACAGGUCACCUACUUUGGUACUCCUCACAUGAAAGAAUUCACAAAGGAUAGAUUCCCAGUUUUUAGCUACGUAUAUCAUGACCACUCGAUAUUCUGUGUACCAAUACACGGUACGAGUGGGGUUAAGAUCGGCAUAGAUGCAGCAGGUCCAGAAGUUGGACCCAACUCUAGAUCUUUCACUCCCGACCCUCAAAGAGAAAGGGAGGUUAUUGACUUUCUUUCUCGGCAUUGUAAAAGGGCCCUAGGUCCAAUACUCUACACCAAGACUUGUCUGUAUGCCAUGACGCCGGACAGGAAUUUUGUGAUUGAUAACUGCAGGAACGUGGGCCAUCCGAAUGUCAUCUUCUGCUGUGGAGCCGGUCACGCAUACAAGUUUGCUGCUGUUCUUGGAAGAAUCCUAAGUCAGUUAGCUAUAGACGGGAAGACAACCUUCAACAUUGCUCCUUUCAACAUGGAAAGAGAUGCGAUUACGGACCCAAACUUCCCCAAGUGUUUCCAACUAGGACUACCAGAAGAAGAAUUGGCUAAACUCCAAGCAAAGUUGUGAAACAAUAUCUGACUGAUCUUCAUUCCAACAAGGAAUUUCUAAUCGAUGAUAUUCUGGCUAAUGUUGAGAUGAAUUCAUCAGGAAAAGGUCUCUAAAUGCUGACAAUACAGGGAAUCAACUGAAAACAAAUAAAUCGAGAAUAUAUUAAGAAUGUAAUCAUGUACCUGAUAGUAACCUGAAGGUGGAAUAUAUGAAAGCAUUUCUAAUCAAGUUGAUUUUGAUACAAAACAGUGUUUAGUAAAACUUUGUUUCAACAAAAUUACUUGCAGAUCUAACAAAAUUAUUGUUCAUGAAGUUACUUCAUGUGGCAAUCCCUUUAGCUCAUACAGGGAAAUGUCUUGGGAUGAUGAAUUAAGUAUGGCACUGGAAAGAGUGUCAUGAAGUGCACAAAUGAUGAUGGAUACAUCUUGGUAACAGUAAAACAUGAAGAAAAAAAAAAUGUUUAAUCAUGUGGGAGCCAACAAGUCGGGCUGCGGAUGGAUUUUAAAAGGAGAAGGGAUGGGGUGUGAGCAUGUAUAAAACCAUAAUUUGGUGGUCAUUUUUAUGUUUUUUUACAUGAAUUUUUUUUUAAUUGGGGCUCCCCAGCCCCUCCCCCUGGUUCUGCAGCCCCUGCAAAUAGCUGCAUCAUUCCUGAUGGCAGGGAGAACAGCUUUCUCAAAGCUUGACAUUCCUUUUAAUAGUAUUCUGCUGAGCUGGGGAUGUUCCAGUUCCUUAUCAUUCUUGGGUAAAAUAAGAAUUUAAAGGGAUGCUCCGGGCUGAAAAUAAUGAUUUAAACAGAUAAAGAAAAAUCAAACAAACAAAACACUGAAAAUUUGAUCAAAAUCGGACAAGGAAUAAUAAAGUUAUGGCAUUUUAAAGAUUUGCAUUAUUCCGUUGAAACAGUUCAAGGCAUGUCUUCAUGAAUAUUUAAUGAGCAAAUUGAUAAUGUCAUAUCCCACUAGUUCUUUUGUAUUUUAUUAUAUGAAAUUAGGUUUAUUCAAUUAGAUUCUACCAAGAAGUGAAAAAUUGGAUUGACGACUGAUUUAAUGCAUUAGAAUUCAUUGCUGCAACUUAUUUCAUUAUUAAGGAGACACAUUGUUCACACAUGUAUGAAAAAGUGAAAGAAUUAUGAUUUCAUAUAAUAACAUAAGAAAAAGGAAAGUGGGGAUGUGACACCAUCAGCCAACCAAAUGAAUAUUCAUGAUGAUGUGCAUAUAACUAUUAUCAAAAAAUAUUGCAAAACUUUAAAAUUCAAUAACUUUGUUCUUUGUUAUCCAAAUUUGAUGAAAUUUUCAGCAUUUUGCUCUGAAUUUUACUCUAUUUACUCUUCGGGUGUGUCAUACAUCAUGUCUUGUUAAUAAGUUAAUAAAGAAUGUUGAUGGGAUGAUAAUGGGUGGAUAUUUUAUGGAAACAAGCUGGUAGGCAGUAGAUUUUAUGAAAUUGGGAAUAUCUGGCAAGGAUUUGCUGCGUGUGACUAUGAAGUAUUUUCCAUUCCAUUGAAGUCUCAAUUCACAAUCGCUUUACAAUCAGCUGGAACAAAUGAAGUGCCAUAAUGGUUGUGAUGAGCCCAGAGUUAAAUGAGAUAUUAAACAAUUACGAAGUCCUGAAUUUCUAAUUAUUUAGUUUAUUUCAAGGUUUGAAAUAUCUUUUCCCCUCGAAAUGUGUUUUAAAAGUAGAAACAUAAAGUUUAAAAAAAGUUCAUCAUCAUAUUUCAAGAUUUAACCAAUGUGAUUGAGACAUAUUUGGCUUGCUAUAUAUUGCAGAUGUUGUAAAAGUUGUGAAAUGGCCCCUGGAUGCUGUUUGAUGUAAUCAGGGACCCAUUUCACACACAGAUUGUUACUGCCAAGUUCCAAAUCAAUCUAAACUUAUGUAUAAUUACCACUUUAUUUUUUUUUCCUAUAAAAUAUGCAUGCCUUUCCUUAAUCCUUGAAAUGGUGCAAUGAUCUUUACUAAUGGCAUAGGCAAUCACUAAAUGAAAGAGUGGAGAAAAAUCUGGUUGGACAUACAAAAUGGUUCAUUUAAAAAAUGAAAUUGCCUAGGUCCACUAACUUGAUAAGUUCUAUCAAUAUGUGAUUUCUUGAAUCAGAAUAUCUUCUUUUUUCUUUCACCUUUUAGUGUCAGUGCUGCUUCAAUGAACUGAAUGUGAAUGAUGAAUUUAAAUUCACAUGUUGCUCUGAAGUUGGAGUGAAAAACUGAAGAUGCUAAUCUUUGAUACUACCUCAUGUACAAUAUGAUCAUGUUUGUGGUGAAACAUUGCAAGAUAAUUGCAAUGUCAAGAAAUACUUCCAAUUUCCAGAAAAGAAACUUUUCUUUUCAAUAGGGGAAGUAGAUUUUUUAAGGGUAAUUAUCAAGUAACACAGCGUGAAUGUGAAAUAAACAACUAUUGACUAGUUUUGAGGGUUGAAAUACUGAAAAUAAACUUUUCACAUUCUAGUAAAAGUACAUUUUUUACACUUUUGUAUGUCUAUAUAUGCCUGUAUACCUACAUUUACAUGUAUAUCAACAUUUGCCUUGGGAUGUUUUUAAAUGAAGUGUAUGAAGUUCAGAUAAUUUACAUAUGUCAUUAAAAGAGUAAAAGAUUGUUUUGAUAUCAUAUUCAAUAUAUUGAAAUAUAAACAGUGUUGAUUGUAUAAAAUCAUUUUUGUUUUGUAUGAAUUUUAUAUUCAAGAUUUAUAUUCAUAUGUCAUGUAUAGUUUUGAUUACGGGGUGUUUAUAUAUUUGACUAUGAUUUAAAGAAAUAAUUUGAAUAAUAAUAAUAAUAUUGCAUUUAUAAAGCAUUAAAGGUUUGUAUCUAUUUUCAUAUUCCUUCAUAUUAUCGUAGUACUUCAUAUAGAUGAUAGACAUGCCUGCUUCAUUGUACAUCUGUGUUUUAUGGGGUGCCAACGGCAAGCACAUAUCGGGGUUCAUGUACUUGUCAAUAAUGUUGGGUUUAGGUGAUCCUAGUGUAGAACCAAACCUUUGCUCCCUAAAAGAAUACAUGGUGUACUAUGAAGCCUCUGCAUUGAUGUAAGUAGUCAUUUUGAUAAUUCAUUACUAACUUUGAUUAUAUAAGAUAUAGAUAUAUGCCAUUAUGUAUGCAUCUUUAUCUUACAGAGAACAGAGUCUGUACAAAUGAUUUUGGGACAACAUAUUCACAGGGAUGUUCGUAUUUAGGCCAUAUUGUUUGUGCAAAAUGUGGUAAGCUUCCAGGGGGAGUGCACUCAACUAUAUUGGUGUGCACACCUGCGGAAAAGCUAGGGGUAUUUUUUGCACGUGAUGUGCUUUGGGUGUCAAAAAGGCCAGAAUUGGGAAAAAAGCUAGCAUAUGGUUGUGGAGUAAAAUGCUAUAUUAUUAGGGUUAUGUUAGUUUAGGGGACAAAAUUGUCAAAAAUGCACGCAAAAAUGCUUGAAUAGGGUAUAGAUUUGCCCGAUGGAUAAAACUUGUUUAGGGCGGGUUUGUAAAACUUGUGGUCGUGCGUGUGUACAGCAAUAUAGUUGAGUAGCCCCCCUUGGGGGCCUCCCUUCCAAAAGAAAUGUGAUUAAUCUAGCUAGAUCAUUCCAUCAUGCAUACAGCAUUCCGUGCGAUCUUUAUGCAUAUGUCUUUACACUUAUUUUAGUGUUCUCACAUUAAUAAAGAGUUGCAGUAAUUAAUAUGAACCUUCCUGUGAAUAUGAUCCUUGAUAUUUAUUGAUUUUCAUGCUGAAAUCUUGUCAUAAUUUAAUAUUUUUAUAGCAAUAUAUUCAAAUUAUGCAUGAAAUGCUACUGUUUAAUGUACAGUAUUAAGCCUUACUUGUGAUUUAUGUAAUUACUAUAUAUAAUAUAGUUUUUAGAGGGACACUGAUUAUACUGUUUCCUUUUUUAAAAAUGUGAGUGAUAGCUAUUUUUGGGAGUGAUUGUUUUAGCUGACUUUAUAUAAAAGCUGUAAGAAUAUAUAUUUUAUGCAAUAUUAAAUUUGAAUAAAU